AAAUUUUGAGGAUAGGUGCCAAAUGUGCAGAUUUGACACUGAGAGCAAUAAUACAAUGGCAAGAUGUCAUUUCGUUCCCUCCCGAACUCACAGGAUUUUUAAGGAUCUCUGUGUACGAGCAUAGCCGCAGUAUAGGAGAUCGUUGUUUCUCUAGUUGCUCUCAUCGGGACACUCCCUUCGGAUAAUGAAUGUUGGGGGAAACAGAUAGACUACCUACCAAUGUACUGGAAAGGAACGAUGGUCUAGAAGUAUAGCAUGUUUCUGCCAUGAAAUGGCUUUGCCGAAGGUCACAUGGAAGUAAGACGAUUGAGUUUACACCCAGUUCUUCUAACGCGUACACGGCUAACAGUGAUAUUAAGAUUGGCGCAGAUCCUGCGUCCAGCACCUACCUGUCUUUCAAGCGGUUCUUUCUAGAAUUCUCCUUGCGAGCAACAUCACAGAUGUCCCAGUAGCACUCUCAACUAAAGGAGGAACUAAUGAAAGUUUCUUUCUCAUACAAAUAUCUUGAUCAAGGACUAUUACCAACUCUCGAAAAAUUCGGUGUUUAUGUGGAAUGUGAACUCAAAUUUAGAGGAUGGCCACCAUGGGCGAGCCGUGCAGAAUUUAAGAUACAUUCCAUACCUCUAGCCAUUGGCCAGUCCUUGAAGGUGUCAGCUCGGCCAACAGAACAAGGAAGCUUGAAGGAAGUAUUUCGAUUCCAGUACUCGAGACAAUCUAGAACCCUCUUGAAGCUUUUUUCUUGCAAAUAUGACGCAACGCUUCCCCAAAUGAGUGUCAAUACUGUCCUACGUGAGAAUACACAUCGAAUGUACACAAUUUUAGUGGCUCAUAGCCUCUACCGGGCCACAAUUUGUUUUUGAUUGGCUUUAUGAUAGAAAGGCCAAAGACAAGACCCCAGAAGAUAUAUCUGCCAUCUCAACAGAUGGAUUAAUGUAAAAGCUCAAGAAAGGUUGUUAGUGGAUGAGUUUCCUUCAAGAUCAACUGGUAUUUUCGAGCACUUGCUGAUGCUCAAUCGACAGUUUUAGGACACGAGCUCUCUUCCGAUUCGAAAAGUCGCUGAGUCCUACGGAUGAGCCUUUUCGGGGUUGGAACUAAAUAUACUACUACAAUUAGAUGAAAUGCUAGUCAGAUCCUGCCACAACAAAUGCUAUGAUAACGG